AUGGCGCCGCCCACGGUCAGACGGGCUCCUUAUAAGGACUUCCUCCAGCCUGCAUUUCAUAGACGUUUUUCGUCAACAGCCACCGUCAUUCUCGCCAUCGCAUACUCUGAGUCUGUGCUCUUGGCGAAAUGGAACUCAUACCUCUGGACAUGGUUUCCUUUGGGUCCCACCGGCGUUAGGACUUUCUUCAUUUUUCUCUGCGGUCUGUUUGUCCUCAUUCUGCGGAUAGCUCAAUACCAUGUGGGGAUCCGGAUCUCGAACUCGGGACUCGAGACUGUCCAGAAAUAUGCUCUCAAGCUUCAAACGUUGGAGGCUAUUGUUUCUUACGUCCUAUCGAGCUGGCUUUUCAGCCAAACCUACCUUGGAGCGGUUCCGUCCUCGGCCAAUCUCGACUGGAUCACGUACUUCAACGGGGAUCGUCCUCGCUUGAACGAGAAACCGAUAUUUUUCACUGUUCACUUCAUCAUUCUCGGCAUCUACCAAGCAGUUUCGCACAUUUACUAUGACCAAGAUCGCCUGACACUCGGUGUCGCCAAACCUCGCAAGGAGGGAAAUACCCCUGCUGUGGACACAGGGAGCCAGUUGAAGAAGUUUGCAGAGCAGUUACCUGCGAUAUUCAGGGACUCACUCUCCAUUUCGCUCGUCACUGUCGUUCUGAGCGCUAUCGUUUACCCAAUCUUCCUGCGGUCCAUGGUCUGGGGGCUUGCUCUCUCAUUGUUCCGCCCGUUUUACAGCAUCACACAUGUCAACCUGGUCCCGCCAACUUUACCAUUCACCAUCUGGUUGCUUCUUCGCUGCAUCUCUUCCACCUUUAUGCUAUCGUUCAUCUGGCUUUCGGGCAACGCGGCCUUCUCAAUACUUCUCACCCGUGACCCAAUUAAGAAUGCAAAGCCCCUUACAUCAGACUCCAAGGAUCCCAACGGAAGUUUACUGAACGGGCUAAAGAGCAAGAAGCUUCCCAUAAAGUGUUUUGCAAUGUGGGAAUUGGGACUCAUCGCGUGUGAUUUCGACGUCAGGCGCAAAGCAAUUUAUGAAGACAUUGACCGCAAGGAUGGACCGAUGUGGGCACAAGUCUUUAGGGUCUGUCUUGAGGUAAUCAAGGAGAUGGAGGAGAACAUUGACAACUACGGCAAGGCGCCUACGCCUGCACCGGCAACGGAGGCACAUUCGAGCGAGGGUCUCGACGCGAGGUUCUCUGAGGACAUCCAACGGGGCAUUCAAGCGCCGAAAAACGAGCCCAUUGAGAUCAAAUCAUCGAAAAACCCUUUCAGGGCCGAGGUGGAAAAAUAUGUUGACAAGCUGGCAAGGGACCCUAGCAGGACAUCUCGGCUUGACGACGUAGGGAAGGCUGCUGGAGAGGCUAAGCAGAAACUCCUCGAGAUGAGGGACCAGCUGGCAGUCUCCGACGACCCACCAUACCCCUUUCAGCAAUACAUUCGCAACCUACUCAGCUCGCCUUUCGGCUGGCCAAUUCGACAGGACUUCAGCAGAAGACUGACCGCAGCUGUUUUUGGUGCUCCCUACGGCGAACCAAGCUUGUUCGUUAAUGCCACAGUGGCGCUCAGCCAAUUAGCUGUUCGCAGUCUCCAGGAGGACAAGUACGGAAAUGUUCAGCGCGACGUUGCAACCAUCAUUCGGAGUCUUACAUCCGUCACACAGAAGUUAGAUACGUUCAAAAACAGCCUGCCCUUCCAUUGGACAGACAUCCAGAAGCACAGGAGUUGUCCUGAAGUGGAAAUUGUGCUAGAGGCACUUAGAGACGGCCUUUCAGAACUGAUUUUGAACUUCGAACCAUACAGGCGGGAUUUGAGGCUUAGUCUGACGGACAUGCGCCUGGCUCGUGAGGCAAUAGGGGUCGCAGAGACGGCAAUCGAGCCUACGCCCAAAGCAAAAAGGGCGGCCAAACCGCCUGCUCCUGAAAUGCAACAGCUGAGGUAA